AUGUUCUUCUCUCUCUCCUUUAAAUUUGCUAAGAAGAUAUUUGAUAAGUAUCUUCUUGAGAUAAACAAAGAGCUUUCUUAUGUUCACUUUGAGCUGAGAGCUUGUAGAGAUCAGUAUGAUGGCCAAGUUUGUUACGGUGUGGUUAACAAUGUCUCUGAUGAUCAGUCCAAACUCGGGACUAAGUAUUCUGUUCCUCAGAUUGCAUUCUUUAAAGGCAUUAUAGAAGCAAUUGCACAGGAUGAAGCUGCCCAAGGUUGCAUAUCAGGCUUUGAUGCCCUCAAUAUCCGAUUAGAGAACCAGUUACCAAGUGAAGCCACCAGCAGCAGUCAACAACAGCAAGUCCCUCCUGCAUUCAAGAACUUUUCAAUGUCGCAAAAGGACAAAACCCUCGAAGAACUUGCGGAUUUGUGUCCAAAUGAUGGUUGUACGGUCCGGAUACACAAGUACUGCCUCAAAAACUUGUUGUCUCAAAGGGAUGAUAAAGUUUGCUCUGGUUGCGGGAAGCAAUGGCGUUUGGGUAGAGUUCCAAAAGACGAGGCUGUUGAAGCAGCAGUGAAUGAUCAUGAUGAGGAAGAGGAAACAGAUACUAAAGCCACAGCUUUAAGAUCCAAGAAAAGGAGACAUAGGAAUCAAAGAGACUCAUUAGAAAACGUUUCUUCUCAAGCUUCUUUAGCCUCGAGUAGUGGUAUCACUAGGAGAAGAGUAACUCGUAGCGCUGCACACUUGAGUUAAAGGUUUCAGAACGGAGGUUUUAGG